UCACUGAGCGCUUCUUACCCGCCCUGAGCAUGACGCGCCGCCAUUGGCUGAGGCUGUCACUCUGCACCCGCCCUCCCCCUGCCGCGCCCCCUGAGUGACGUAAGUGAGCGCCGGCCUCCAGGCUCAGUGUGCCGGGUACCAAUACGCGUGUCCCUUGCUGGGAGGCUGCUGAGCGGAGGCGGCAUCAUGGCAUCUGGCGAUGGUACCAAUGGACCAAGUCAGCCGGGACUUUAUCCUAAUGGCUCACGCAUGAUGAGAGGACAGUUUAUGAACCCCGUUGCCCAUUUCCCAGGUGUGGCAAUGAGUGGCCUGCCUCCGAGACCAAACUUGGCACCCCCAGGCAUGAUCCCGCCAUUGAUGGGACCAAUGGGUGCACAUCAAAUGGGGCAGUUGGGUCCAAUGAUUCCUUCCCUCAUGUCUGGGAUGAUGAUGACUACUCACGUGGCACCAGGCACUUUGCAGACACCAUUACCGCCUGGUGUGAACAGCUUGGAUCCCACACUUGUUCCACCAACAGUUACACAGGCCCCACAUCCUGUAAUUUCAGCACCGCCCGCUAUUACCGCAAAUAGUACAGCUAAUGAAGAACCCUCCAGACCGAAAUCUUUAUGGACCGAGCAUAAAUCACCAGAUGGUAGGACGUAUUAUUAUAAUAUUGAAACCAAGCAAUCUACAUGGGAGAAACCAGAUGAUAUGAAAACCCCCACCGAGCAAUUAUUGUCCAAAUGUCCCUGGAAGGAGUUUAAAUCAGACUCUGGGAAACCAUACUACUACAACUCCCAGACAAAGGAGUCUCGUUGGGCCAAACCUAAAGAGCUGGAGGACCUUGAAGCGAUGAUUAAAGCAGAGGAAAGCAGCAGUGUUCCGGACACCACUGCUUCUGCUCCUGUUGCAGCUCCUGUUCAUUCCGCUCCAGUUGCGGAGAUGAUCAGCAUCCCUACACCGAUACCUAUAUCAAUAGCUGCCGAACCAGAGCUUAUGUCCACUCCCACAACCCCUGCCAUAGACUUUGAAAACAUGGUCAAUGACUCUGGAGAGGAGCAAAUUCAUUCUGUGUCGUCGUCGAUUCAAGACAAGGACCCAGAAGUAAGCAGCAGCGGUGUCAUGGAAGAUUCCUCCAAGCAAGACGUUUUGGCUGACUCUGCAUCCGUAGAGGAGAAUGAAGAAGAAAAGGCUGCCAAGAAAACAUAUACUUGGAAUACAAAGGAAGAAGCCAAGCAGGCGUUUAAAGAACUACUUAAAGAAAAGCGUGUGCCAUCCAAUGCUUCUUGGGAGCAGGCCAUGAAAAUGAUCAUUAACGAUCCCCGAUACAGUGCCCUGGCUAAGUUAAGUGAGAAAAAACAAGCGUUUAAUGCUUACAAGGUCCAGACAGAAAAAGAAGAAAAAGAGGAUGCCAGACUGAAAUAUAAGGAAGCAAAAGAGGCUUAUCAGAGGUUCCUAGAAAACCACGAAAGGAUGACGUCCACCACCAGAUACAAAAAAGCAGAGCAGAUGUACAACGAGUUAGAGGUCUGGAAUGCAAUUUCUGAGCGUGAUCGCCUGGAGAUUUAUGAAGAUGUUAUGUUCUAUCUUGCAAAGAAAGAAAAGGAGCAAGCCAAGCAGCUGAGAAAGAGAAACUGGGACGCUCUGAAGAACAUAUUGGAUAAUAUGGCAAAUGUAACCUAUAGUACCACAUGGUCAGAAGCCCAGCAGUACCUCAUGGAUAACCCUACAUUUGCAGAAGAUGAAGAACUCCAAAAUAUGGAUAAGGAAGAUGCCUUAAUAUGCUUUGAGGAGCAUAUCCGUGCUUUGGAAAAAGAGGAGGAGGAAGAGAAGCAAAAGACUUUGCUAAGGGAAAGACGCCGGCAGCGGAAGAAUCGGGAAUCUUUUCAGUUAUUUCUGGAUGAGUUGCAUGAACAUGGUCAGCUGCAUUCCAUGUCUUCCUGGAUGGAGUUGUAUCCCACCGUCAGCUCCGACAUACGUUUCGCAAACAUGUUGGGUCAGCCAGGUUCAACAGCACUAGAUCUUUUUAAAUUCUAUGUAGAAGGUCUUAAGGCGCGAUAUCAUGAUGAGAAAAAGAUCAUAAAAGAUAUAUUAAGGGAUAAGGGGUUUGUAGUUGAGCUUCGUACAACUUUUGAAGACUUUGUUACAGUCAUCAGCUCAACAAAAAGGGCCACUACAUUAGAUGCUGGGAAUAUCAAACUUGCGUUCAAUAGUCUUUUAGAAAAAGCAGAAGCUCGGGAACGGGAGCGUGAAAAGGAAGAGGCACGUAAAAUGAAAAGAAAGGAAUCUGCUUUCAAAAGCAUGUUAAAACAAGCAGCACCUCCUAUUGAAAUGGACUCUGUUUGGGAAGAGGUUCGGGAGAGGUUCCUUAAGGAGCCAGCAUUUGAAGAUAUCACACUGGAGUCUGAGCGCAGGAGGAUAUUUAAAGAUUUUGUCCAUGCAAUUGAGCAUGAAUGUCAACAUCAUCAUUCAAAAAAUAAGAAACACUCUAAGAAGGCUAAAAAACACCAUCGUAAAAGGUCCCGCUCGCGUUCGGAAUCGGAGUCUGAGGAUGAGGAAGACAGCCAUACCAAAAAGAAAAGGCAGCGAUCAGACUCUCGGUCGGGUUCUGAACAUUCCACUAGUGGAGAAUCUGAAAAAAGCUAUAAAAAGACAAAAAAACACAAGAAGAAGAGCAAAAAGAAGAGACAGAAGUCUAAUUCUCCAGAGUCUGAUGUGGAAAGAGGCCGAGACAGAGACAAAAAGGAAAGAGACAGAGAACGGGAACGAGAAAGGGACAAAGAGAAUGAUAAGGAGCGUUCAAGGCAAAAAAUAGAAUCAAAACAGAAAUCCCCCAAAAGAAAAGGGGGGAAGGACUCUGGUAAUUGGGACACGUCUGGAAGUGAAUUAAGUGAAGGGGAGUUAGAAAAGCGGAGACGGACCCUCUUGGAGCAACUGGAUGAUGAUCAAUAAGAACACCUCCCAACCAAAUAUGUUUACAUUAACAUGUGACAUGCCUAAGUUUUAGUUUCAAGCAGGGAAUUGUUCAUCGUUCCACGAGUUUAAACAGCUGCACUCUGUACAAAUAAGGAUUAUCUCCAUUGGAUUACAUAUGGGCCUCUUUGCCGAUUUGUUUUAAGACUCCAGUUGUAAAUUUUAUUUUAUUUUUUUUCUACUUUUUUUUUUUUUCUCAAAGAGUUGCCUUAAGAACCUUUAAUGGAAUGUGCCACCCAAUUUUCUGUGAACCUUUAAAUUAAACUUGUCUAGACAAUAAACCAUUAUCUGCUUUUGGCUCUGGGAAGGCAGGGUGGGGGAUUGAAUUGUUCUGAUUUAAGCAAUCUUAUUUUUUAUAUAUAUAUUUUUUUUUUUAUUCAUUAUUUGCAGCCUCUUUUCGUUUCAAUCCAGUGAUGAUUCUGUGGUACACCCUCUUCUGACUGGGCUAUUUUUGUACAUUUUUAUGAAGUAUUAAAACCUUGUAUUUUA